AGUUAGUGCAAGUGAAUGAAAACUCCUUGCUCAGUCGUUCAACCAUGUGGCUGUCCCGAAGUAUUUUGGCCAUAGUGACCUCGUCUUCACCGAUCAAAACUUAUUAGAAAACUACAAACAAAGGAGCCAGGAGGAAGAUCACGCGUGUCUCAGGAUGCAGAACGUUUAUUUUAUUUUGACAAAACGCAGAUGUGGGCUUUCUUCUUCGUCGAGUGGUCACCAAUGUUAAUUUGUAACAGAAUACACAAUUACAUCACUCACGGAAUUUACUUGACUUCAUUCGAUCAUCUAGUAAUCUAUAGAUAACUGUACGUUGCGCAAUACGGGAUUUUUGUCCGUACUGUAUGUCGUGAGUGAUGGCACUGCGCAACGUGAUCUUAUUUUUCAUACUUGUAUACAUGUGGAUGUUGUGCCGAGCUUUUGAAGUUGAAGUUAAGUGCUGGUAUAACCAAGCUCUUCCUGUUGGGGCCAAUGUGUCUGUUUUGUGCCACACAAGUUUACAGGGAAGACCAGCCAUCUGUGGUCUCUGUCAGAUUGAUGUCAUGAUAUUUGAGCAGAGACAUCACCUACCCAGUGCCUGUACCAACAUCUCUGAGACACAUGCCAUUUCCAUUGCAUUUGAACAUAAAGGACAUGUUCGCUGCAUGCUGAACUGCCUGGGGAAUACACUGGACAGAUGUAACGUGACAGUAUUAGGAGGCAUCCCCCCAAAUCCUCCCUCACGCCCUAACUGCUCUAUAGAAGACCUGGAAGAAAGAGAUAUCCACUGCAUUUGGAGUGGUCACAAUAAGCCAAGUGGACCGACCAUUUAUACCCUACACUGGCAAGAUUUUACUGGCAGGAGUGUAAACUUCAGAGAGAGUGAAAAGGAGCAUGCCAUCAUAAAGCGAGCAGAGUAUACAGAAGAUGCUCAUAUUAAAGUGUGGGUCACUGCCAGAAAUGUGCUGGGUACUGCAAAUUCAAAGGAGCAUGAGUUUAACACAGGCCAUAUCAUUCGGCCAGACACCCCCAACAUUACUUCCCACACGUCUCACCCAUUGGAGAUCUUCUGGGAAAUGGAAUGUGAAACGGAAGGAGAAUCUGACAUAAAGUGUCAAGUCCAGUAUCAUGCGGAUGAUGAAAAGGAUUGGACUGAGGUGGAUGAUUAUCAGCUCUCAUUUCUGUUGGAGGAUCCUCGCCCAUUCACCGUUUACCAGUUGCGCGUGCGUUGCUUCUGCAAGAAUGAGCAGGAAGUUAUCAGUCAUUGGAGUUCAGUUUAUUCAGUCAGAACACCCCCUGCAGCACCAGUUGGAACGCUGGAUGUUUGGAGUGACUGUACCCCUUAUUCUGAGACAACUUUCUGUAACGUCUUCUGGAAGGAGAUGCCAGUGUCUCAGGCUAGAGGAGAGGUUAAUAAUUAUAUAGUGACGCUCAAGCUGGUGAAUGGUACUGACAGCAGGAAGGUCACCAGGCAACGGAGAGACACGGAAAGCCAGCGUUCAGCUGAACAGGGCUGCGGGUGGCUCGGGCGUUUUCCUCUGCAUCUGGGUGUCAUGGGAGUAUUUGUGUCGGCUAAUACUUCAAUGGGAUUAUCUGACCCUACGUUCUUUUCUUUUCCUGUGCUGGGUCAGUUGACAUCCAGUGUGAAUUUCAGCGUGAUAGAGAUGAAUCAGAACCUGAGGGUCUCAUGGUCAGCACCCUCUGGAUUCUCUGAGAACAUACAGGAGUAUGUGGUGCAGCAUGUGUCUCUUGAGCCUUCACACCCUCCCUGCCUGAACUGGGUCAGAGUUAAUAAAACCCAGAGUUUUGUUACCCUGGCAGGUCAAUUCAGGAACUACACAGCAUAUAAUGUGUCAUUGUUCGCUGUCAUCCGUAACAGCAGCACUUUCCUCAAAUCUGCAGUUGCGUACACACUUCAGGGAGUACCUCCUGAAGUCCCAAAGUUCCAUGUAAAGAACAUCUCUCACUCCUCCGUCACUUUGAUUUGGAGUCACAUUCCUGUUCAUGCGAGUAAAGGUGUUAUUCUGCAGUACUCAUUGGGGCUCAAUGAGGAUACAGUGGUUAAUGUGAGUAGUGACAUAACAAGUUACAAGCUGUCAGAACUACAGCCGGCUCAGCAGUAUCAGGCCUGGGUCAGCGCUGUGACCGCCGCUGGUGAAGGAGCGAGAAGUAUUACCACCUUCUCAACCGCAGAUAAAUCAGGUUAUCUUGCCACAUUGCUGCCGGCUGUAUAUACGGUCGUGGCAUUGUUUGCCCUGAUACUGCUUGCUGCUUUACUUUUCGUGUUUCGUUCAUAUGUAGCCACAUUUCUUUGCGGUGAGAUUCCAGACCCCACAAACAGUAAAUCAUUUAAACUUGCAAACUUUCAGCAUGUUUGGUCCGGACUCUUUUCUCCCUCGGAAUCAGAACUGAGGAUUUCUGAGUUGGAGGUCGAGGAGAACCUGAUUCCCAUCGCAGUGGCCCCUACCACAGAGACCACACUGGAGAAGCAUUCGCUUGAUACUGGACCUCAACAGGACCAGAUACCAGACGGAGUCCAUAGAGAAGUUGAAGACGAAGAGAAUAUAGAGGAGUCUGUGGAGCCAAAGAGAGAAAUAAUUGCAGAGCGUGAUGGUUGGGGAAAAGACUACAGCGAGAUGGUCGACACAGAUGAAGACGAAGGUGGUGGUGGUGAUGAUGAUGAUGAGGAGUGGGUGGAACAGCACUGUGUCUCAGACUAUGAGAGACAUUUUAUGCCAACUGUUUAGGAAAUUUGUCUAUAUUAGUGCCUUGAAUCCACAGUUGUUGUGGAACCGAAGAGCAGUAUGUAUUACUGUUCCGUCAGAACUGACAAGAGUGAUGACAAGACACUUCUGAAAUGCCAAAAAUGACAGAGGUUUUGAAUAAAUAUGCACAACGUUUUUGCAAAUGUUUACAAGAUAACAUUGUUUGAUCAAAGGACCAAACAAGCAGCACAAAAGCAUCGAAGAGUUAUUGAACACUUCAGGGAAAUAAACACGGAACAUAACAUUGGAAAUAGGAAAUAAAUUAUUUUAUUACAAACAGAUGUAUAGUUUUAAUAAACCAAUGGCUGUAAUAUAGUUUAUUUUGUAAAUAAUAAAUACUUUUUGUAUGAUGUAUAUUAAAUAUCUUUAUUUGUGA